AAUCUAAUCGAAUUCAUAACUAUAAUAAAACACAACAACCCAUACGCACAUUCACACAUCAAAACAAGCCAGCUCUCGGCAUCCCGCGCGUUCCUCGUUUUGUCGACAUGGCCGAGACCGCAACCCAGUGCCCUCGCGAACCAACCGCCGCAACAAGCUUACCAGGUCGCGGCGCGACACUGAGCAUUCCUUCUUCUUCCGCCAUGGCUGCGCCUGCGAAUACCCCAGUAAAUCGCCUCAAGAACCAAGUGGCCUUGCCCGUGCCGAGCCCGGUCAACCAGAAUGGAAGCUUCGAGUUCGACCGCGUGAUCAAGUCUGGUUACGUCCAGAAGCGAACCCAGAAGACCAAGGCGUGGAAAUCCGUGUACCUGGUUCUGAGACCGAACGCCCUCUCCAUUUACAAGUCGGACAAGGAGAACAAGCUCCGGCAUAAGCUCUACACCUCGGAGCUCUCUGCCGUCACCCUCCUCAAGGACCCCAAGCACAAGCGUCAGAACCUCUUCGGCCUGUUCUCGCCGGCGAGAAAUUACCAUUUUGAGGCACCGAGCGCCCAGGAUGCGCAGCAGUGGAUCGAUCUAAUCCGGCAGGAUGCCAGAAUCGAGGAAGAGGAGGAAGAGAUGUUCUUGGCAAGCCCUAUACUGCGACGGCAGACCUUCGCCCCUAUUGCCAUGGCACAAGAUGUGGCCAGGGUUACGAAGCCUCUAUCCCAGGACCACGAAAGACCGCUAUCGAGCUCCCCCGAGCCUCCCGAGCCAACGAGAACCUCGAGGUCCCUACCAUCAAGCGCGAGAAGGCCAUCCCACCACGAUUACUCCGGUCUCUCCGGAAACGAGCUGGCUUCUCAUUCGGACCUAUCCGACAAUGAGGGGCAACGAGUUGUGGGUGCCUCUAUCGAGAGCCUCUCUUGUCGGUCGCCCGCUGCGUCUGGAUCCCAGCUAGAAUCCGGCCCAAAGGAUCGCCCAGAGCUGGUCAACAGGAACGCGAGUCAGCUGAGCGGCCUUAACAACAUCAACAUCGAAAACGAUCCGGACCGCGUUGUCUGGCAGGGCUGGCUGUGGCUCCUCAACAGCAGACGGGGCGUCAAGCAAUGGAAGAACCGCUGGGCCGUUCUCCGACCGCGGAACCUAAUUCUGUACAAAGACGAGUCUGAGUAUAAGGCGUCUUUCAUCUUGUCUUUGUCGGCUAUCGUAAACGUGGUGGACAUCAACCCGAUCAGCAAGACGAAGCUUCAUUGCUUCCAGGCCAUCACGGAUGAGAAAAGCUACCGCCUCUGCGCGCACGACGAGGAGGCGCUGGUGCAUUGUCUAGGGGCUUUCAAGAGCCUCCUCUCCAAACGCAGAGAGCUCGAGACCCGAGCCGCUGUUUCAACGAGCGCAGCAGCACCCCCGGGCUCAUGACCUCGCCCCACACAACAACGGAUCACUCCCGGGGGGGUUUUCUUCUUGAUCAUUUUUGUCGUUUUCUUCCUUUUCGUGAUACCCCAGCAACUACAUGUGCAACCACGCCGUCCGACCAGGAACACGGGACGGGUUAGGCAUACACACACAUACACACACAUACACA